AUGGGAGGAUCUGAAAGAACUUCAUCGCGAUCAUCGAGUUAUCAAAGUUCAAGACAUCGAUCGUCAAGGUCGAAGGAUAGAGAACGAGAGCGUGAUAGAUAUCGUGACAGAGACCGUGAACGGGAACGCGAUAGGGAUCGUGACAGGGACCGUGAUCGUGAUAGAGACCGUGAUCGAGAUAGAGAUCGUGAUUAUUAUUCAUCAUCUUCCAGGCGACACAAGAGCAAAUCAAAAUCCAAGCAUUCUAAAAAGUCUAAAUAUCACCGUAGAAGUUCUAGCUCCAGUAGUUCUUCAUCAGACUCCUCGGAAAGUUCCAGGGACAGCCGCAGUAGUAGAAGUAGCCGAACGUCAUCAAAAUAUUCAACAUCUCGCAGUAGUAAGACUCGUGCUCCUAGUUCCGAGAGUAAUUCUAGAAGUGCUCCCACUGUAUCUUCUCAAUCAGCGGCUAGCACAUCAACUGCAACCAAAGGUAUCGAUUUGAUGGAUUGCAAAAUCCAGAAAGCCUUAGAAACCAUUGAAGAGGAUUCCUUUAAGCCUAUGGCGUUCUUUAGUACAAGAGAUCGUGAGGCUCCAGAAAAAUCGGAUAAAGUCAUCAUAGAUCUCAAUGCUGAAACUGUCACAUUUCCAAAGCCAAUGGAGUUACAAAGUGAUUUUACAAAGGAAGAAAUAUUUCACCCAAAUUUCUUAGGUGACCAAGAACAGAAACAGGAUAAGUGGAUCAGGAAACUAUUAAUGUACCGACAAAAAUAUAUGUCUGAAUAA